AUGCUGACUUCCUGUGCUAUCAGCUGGCGAUACUUCCUGCGACGACCCAAAGAGUCAAUCUUAGCCCACGAUCGCAAUGCCCCCCACGUCACUGCCAUUCGCCCCGUCAAGGGUCUCGAGCCUAAUCUCUACGACUGCCUCGCUGCGACAUUCCAACAGGAUUACCCGCGCGACAAACUGACUGUCUGUCUUUGUGUGGCUACUCGCGACGAUCCGGCUUAUCCAACACUUUGCCAAUUGCUACGUGAUUUCCCGGAAGUGGAAGCGCAGGUCUUUAUCGAAGAGGAGGACCCCUUAUUGCGGAGUGACGGUCCGGGGACGUACGAACUGGGACCGAACCCGAAGAUUCGCAAUAUGAGUCGCGCAUACCGAGAAGCCAAAGGUGAUAUCGUCUGGAUCAUUGAUUGCAAUGUGUGGGUUGGAAAGGGGGUCUGUGGGCGGAUGGUCGACCGUCUUUGCGGUACAGGCGCCACUUCGAGUAAAAAAUACAAGUUCGUGCAUCAUCUACCGGUCGUGGUAGAUGUCACGGGCGAGAUUGGCUCGGGCGGCGAGAGACAAGCACACCUGAAUGGCACUUUGAAUGAGACUUUACGCUCGGGCGUUGUUGGUGCAACGUCGACAAUGAGGCGGCCGGAGGACGGCUGGACAAGCAUGGUGGAGACAGGCGGCGGUCGCCUGGAAGAGCUGUUCCUUUCAUCGUCCCACGCGAAGAUGUACACGGCUAUCAAUACCGUCUUGAUUGCCCCAUGCAUUGUGGGAAAGUCCAACAUGUUCCGUCGCUCGCAUCUUGACUACUUGACAGCGCCGGUCCCGGGAGACCGGUACAAGCGACAUCCAGGGGUCGACUACUUCUCGGACAACAUCUGUGAAGAUCACCUUAUUGGAGACCUCCUCUGGCGUCAACAGGUGCGAGAAGAACGGGAGCUCGGCGAGCGUUGGGGCAAGCAUGCCAUGGUGUUUGGAGACCUCGCAAUCCAGCCUGUAGCAAACAUGAGCGUACAAGGGUACGUCGCCCGGCGGAUCAGAUGGCUACGGGUGCGCAAGUUCACGGUGCUCCUUGCUACGCUCGUUGAGCCUGGCACUGAGUCGCUUUUGUGUACGCUUUACGGCGCUUGGGGAAUUACAACUGCACUAGCGCCAUAUCUCGUGCGGAACGGGUAUCACUUUGCCUCCCUUCUGAGCACGUGGACUGCGUUUUUCGGUGUCUUUGCACUCGGUAUCGCUCUUUGGAUCGUGACCGAUUGGACUCUGUAUAUCAAUCUGCAUUCUUCUCAGGCUAUUGAGGUUGACGAUGACACCCCCGUCUUCGCUCGGCCUUGCCGACGGCCCUCGCAAGCCACUCGACGGCCAUUCCUUCAAUGGCUUGUUGCCUGGCUUGGUCGUGAGCUUCUGGCUUUGCCUAUCUGGAUCAUCGCUGUUUAUGGCGGGGUCACGGUCGUGUGGCGAGAGCGACGUUUCAAAGUUGGAUUUGACGCCAGGGUUCGUGAGAUUCGCGAGGAUCAGCCCAACCGAGCCAGCUCGUCGCGAGGAUCGCCCUCCCUGGGGUCCGUCGUUGGAUGGCUGCCUACGGCGUCGCGGACUAAUGGUAGCGCGAUGGGCAAAGCUCGUCGUGAUUGA